CAUGCCUCAUUUCCAAGAGAGCUUGGCCACAUAUAAAGGCUUUCAGCACUGUCCUCAGGACUCAGCCUCUCUGCUCAGCCCAUCUAUCCCCGGUCACAGGCUAUUUAUCCCCAAGGGCUUGGCUGAACACAAGAUGCGCUACCAGAAAGGAGACAGCAACCAGGACUUGUACCACGACAGCUCGGUCUGUGGCGAGAAGGGCUGGACGGGAUGCUGCCACGACAGCCCCAUGGCUACCACAAACCUACCCCCUUGCCAUGACUCCGGCAGCCUCAGCCGUGACAUCGAGGGGUCCUGCCAGAGCGAGCCGCAGAGCUGCCAGCCUGUGGAGCCAUGUCCCCCACAGAGCUACUGCCCACAGCAGAGCUGCAACAAGCCCCGGCGCCGGGUGGAGGUGAGCCAUGUGCAGCCCAUCUGCCCCCCACCCGUGAAGAUCCAUCGCCGGCCGCUGCAGCAGUACCGGCCCCCACUGCAGUGCGAGGAGCCGGGAUGCUCAGGCAAGGUCCGGAGGAGGGUGGACCAGUGCCCUGUAGAGGAUGCUCGUCCCCCCGUGAUACUGCAUCCGCUGCCGCUGCAGCAUCGUCCCUGCAGCCCCUGCUGCUGCCCACCGGUCCAGCACUGCCGCCCAGCUGCUGUGCCCCUGCCACUGCAUCCCAGCCAGCACCAGCAAAAGAAGGUCACUCUCUUGCCACCCUGUCUGCAGAAGAAAUGAGGUGCUGGGAUCCCUCCUCAGCACGUGCUCAGAGGGGAGGUUGCUUCGCUCCUUGCCUCAUCGAUGUUCUCACCUCUGCUGUCAGCACACAAGCAGUGGCUGAUGGCUCCUUUCUGCUCUUUGCACACUGGAUUCAGGGUCUGCAGUCCCCUGCUUGACCCCAGCACUGACACUUUAAAUUCUCAGGGUCCUCCAUGGCAAGGAAUAGAUUUGGAUCAUUCAAUCCCACUUUGCUCUUCCUCAGGGUGGAGCAGCCGUUUCUCCCCUCUGAGAAGGUGAGCAGCAUGGGGAUGGAGAAGCGGAAUGGAAAGAGCCUGAGGAAGGAUGAGGAAACAGCCUGAGAUGGAUUCACCUGCUCUGAUCUUGAAAACAGGACUGUACUGGUUGAACAGUACACACUGUGAUGGCAGGAGCAUUAAGGACUCCUGAGGUUUUAUUUUCUCCUCUGUAUAUUCAAGAAUAAAGUGGAAAAACUUUAGCUGA